ACUCUUUCAGCUAAGUAAAGAAAGGUUGCAUUCAUUUUUGCACCACAAGAUUUCCGCCUCCCCCCAUUGCGUUUGGUGUCAGUGGACAAGCCUGAAGUGGAGGGGAGAGGUAGGAGGGGGCUCAGAAGAGGAGAGUGUGAGAACAGCAUUUUGGAAACCAGCUGAUCAGAGCUGUGGCAGAGGCAGAAGGACGGGGAGUGUGACUGGAAAAAAGAAAACACAGAGAAAGAAGCUGAAGUCUGUGUGAUUUUGAGAGAAUAUACAACCUUAAGAGUAGACAAGAAAUGUCUCCUUCCCUAAAUGUGAAACUGGGAGCUCAUGUGAAGAGAGGAGCUCUGUGGGAAGAUGUGAGAGCUGCUGGGAGGGUGGAAAUCUGAAGAAGAAGAAGAAAAGCACAGAGAAGGAUUAGUCCAGUGCUGGAAACCAGUCCAGUGAAUCAUCGACAAAGGGUAGAGGAACCCCCCGUGUGGAAGGAGGAGUGAUGUCUUGGCUGUCACCCGUGUCAUGGGCCAAAUGGACAUGGACGGCUGUGCGAGGGGCAGAGGGAGAAGAGGAUGAAGAGGGACAGGAGGCGAGCCUGGAGAGGGAGCAACGUGGAGAGAGAGGAGAGGAAGAGGAGGAGGAGGAGGAGAGAUCUCAAGGCUUCAGCUCAGACUCAGACGGUCAUUUUGACACUCCUGAAGCAGCAACCCCUGUCCACGCCCCUCCGGCCAUCCCAGGAGAGCUGGAGAACAACAACGCUGAUGCAGACAAAACAGAUGUGGAGCAAGACGAGCACCUGAUAGUGACUGCUCCUAUAUUGGAUCAGGAUAUUUUCCUCAACCAGGACAUGGGUCAGGAUGAGCCUGCAGUCCCCAUGGGUGACCCGCUGGAAAUAAACACCCAGACCCUUGAACCAGAACAAACAGGAAACCUGUCAGAGGCCUUGGGCCCUGAGCCUGUUCCUGAUUCAGUUCCUGAGGUGACUAAAUGCACAGCAUCAUCCUCAGAGCCACCCCAAGCCCCAAUUCCUGUCCUAGUCACAGAUCCGGUUCUGGAUCUGGAUCUGGAUCUGGAUCUGGCUCCAGCCCCAGCUCCUGCUCCAACCCAAGAAACAGACUUGAUCCAGAGCUGUGAACCUGCAGCAAGCCCAGCUCCAGAGCUCCCUGAGGAGAAGCCUCUUGCUGACUCAGAACCAAUAUGCAAUGGCCUCCCCAACCAGACAGAGUCUACUCGCAAGACUAAAACCAGAAAGUCUAAACCUCCAUCCUUGGAGAUAAAGGCCCCAUGUGUGAGUGAGAUUGCUCAAACAGAUGAGGAACAAGAACUUCCUGUUCCCAAGGCCACCUACAACUUUGACCCUGACCAGCUGGAUGACAGCUUUAACCCCUUCACCUGCGGUGGAUCCAAAAUCCAAAACUCUCCCCCACCAUGUGGCUCUAGCUCUCUCCCCAGACUUGAGCCACUCGGUAGUGAGGCCUGCGAGGACAGCUCAGCAGCACCAGCAGAGGAGCUAAAAUCGGAUGCAAAGCCUGUGAUGCUGGAGUUCGGUCUGGACGAGGGGACACCCAGCAAGCCACCUCCGAGGAAAUUAGGUGGCAAAAAGACAACCAGCAAACUCACAGCUAAGAAGCAGAAGCCCAAAGGGUCAGAGACUUCCUGCAAACCUGCACCAGAACCCACAGUGUUAGAGCCAGUUUCUCAACCAGCAUCAGAGCCAGUUUCUCAACCAGCAUCAGAACCAGUUUCUCAACCAGAGUCAGAACCAGUUUCUCAACCAGCAUCAGAACCAGUUUCAGAUCCUGCUCCAGAAACUGCUUUGUCAGUUUCAGACUCUACUGCGCCUAUGAACCUGGAUGAUAUUCCUAUUCCUAAGAAGGGAACAUAUAACUUUGAUCCCAGUCAGUGGGAUGACCCAAACUUCAACCCUUUCGGUGGCAAUAACGAGGUGAGCAGCUCUCCAGUGCUCCCUAAAGGCUCCUACAGCUUUGAUCCGGACAAUUUUGACGAUUCUGUGGACCCUUUCAAACCCUCCAAAGCCCUGAGCACCGAGGACUCAUCCAGUAGCACCACUCAGCCCGAGAAAAAAGUGAAAGACCAAGGCAAACAGAAAGCAGGGCACCCACCGGGGGAGAAGAAAGUUAGGCAAAUUCCCAAGAAAAGCAAAGAAAGGACAGUCACGAAUUCCUGUAAAGUUCAGAAAUAUGAUGAGAGCCAGUCGCUGGUGCUUGAUGUGUGCAAUCAGGCAGAGGAUGAGGUGGUGGUUCAGACCCCGGAGAUCACUCAGCGAGUUCAUCACGCCACCGAUGAGGAGAAGUUGGCUUCUACCGGCAUCAUAGGCCCGACAGCAGACACCCAGGAGGACAGAGAAGAGCCCGAAUGCAAUAAAGCAGCUGUCAAAAAACAGCCAAUCAGCGAUACGCCUGUUAUGGAUGGUGCUGAGACAAAGAUCACAGAACACCUUGAGGAGAAGGACACCUGCAGUCUGAAGGAUGAUAUAAGUGAGAUAUCCAUGAGUCAAACAACUGGCAGUGAGGUCACAGCAACCCUGUCCCAGGAUAAUACGCCUCUGAGUGAAAUGGACAAGGCUGCAGUGCUCACCCUGAUCAGAGAAGAGAUUAUCACUAAAGAGAUCGAGGUCAAUGAGUGGAAGAGAAAGUAUGAGGAGAGCAGAGCUGAGGUGUUGGAGAUGAGGAAAAUUGUUGCAGAAUAUGAGAAAACAGUUGCACAGAUGAUUGAGGACGAGCAGCAGCAGAAGACCCUGUCCUGCAGUAAGUCAGUCAGGCAGUUGACCUUAGAGAGGGAUCAGGCCAUGGCCGACCUCAACUCUGUGGAGCGCUCCUUUGCUGACCUCUUCAGGAGAUAUGAGAACAUGAAGGGAGUUCUAGAGGGCUUCAAGAAGAAUGAAGAGGUGCUGAAGAAGUGUGCGCAGGACUACCUGAUGCGGAUCAAGCAGGAAGAACAGAGGUACCAAACGCUCAAGGUGCAUGCUGAGGAGAAACUGGAUAAGGCGAAUGAGGAGAUAGCCCAGGUACGUUCCAAGGCCAAUGCCGAGGGUGUCGCAUUAAACGCCAGCCUGAGGAAGGAGCAGAUGAAGGUGGAGUCACUUGAAAGAGCUGUCCUUCAAAAGAAUCAAGAGAUUGAGGAGCUCACCAAAAUCUGUGAUGAACUGAUCGCCAAACUGGGAACGGAAUAAGAUGUCUUUGGAGCACCCCAGUAGCCAAAUGGUCACUGCGCAUGCCACAUGACUGCAACAUCCCUGGCUCGAUCCCAACCAGGGACCCUUGUUGCAUGUCAUACCCAUCUCUCUCCUCCCUUCUUUCCUGUCUGCCUCUUCGCUACCCACUGUCCAAUAAAGGCAAAAAUAGCACAAAAAUAUAAUCUUAAGAAAAAAAAGGUUGAAAGGCCUUUAAUCAAACUCUGCGGCACCCUGUCACACUUUAACGCAGGUGUGCUACCUCCAGCUCAAGACCCAGUGAGACUUUUCUCACUGCGACAUCUGAUGUAAAUUCUGUACAUGAUUACACUUUCUUUGUCUUCUCAUAUAUUUUUUCCAAAUUAUUAUUAUCACACUUGCUUAUUUUUUCUUCUAUGACUGAAAUAUUAAACCAGAUAAUAAUGUCAUUGUGUAAAGCAUGUGACAGCUGAAGAAGCACAAAGUUAUCACAAGGUGUACUUUAAUCAUUUUGAAGGAGAAGCGUUGUGAUGAUGUUCCAGCCAUGAUUCAUUGAUCUUUUGCUGUGAAUUUAAAGGAUCAUUUAUGGCUAAAAGAUUCAUCAGUUUUCAACUGUUGGUCUAUGAAACUGUCAACUGUUGGUCCGUGUGUUUGAAACUGUAAAAAAUAAUGAAAGACAAGGACAGAUGGCACAUCUUUUACUGCAGCUUCUCUACUUUCUAAUUAACUGUGUUGAUGACACAGUCUUCAGAAAGGACAAAUCACUCCAUUGAGUGUCUAAAUUGAUUGUAGUAUAUACAUUUUCUGGCCUUGAAGAUUUUCUCUUUGCCAUUUCUUUUACAAGGCAGGUGUUUUUUAUUGACAAUUAUUUUCUUUCAUUGCCAAAUUAACUGUAUGCAAUAUUGGAGUGCAUUUCUUAUAUUGCCUUUUAGCUUGCUUAUUCCUCUCAUUUCACAGUUUAACAUCCAACAAUAUAUGAUAAAACACUCAGUUGUGAAGAGUUUGAAGUUAAAGCACAGAGUUGUGACAUCAUGUACGUUAUGACACCCAUUAAUCUCUGGGAUCAUUAAAUAAGAAGAGCACUUAAGAGAACUAUAUCUGACAUACAGCUGUGUAAUAUCUUAUUCAUAUGAUGGGAAUUUGACAGUGAUGAAAGUUUGAAGUAGUAAAAACUUUGCUCUUAUUAUACUGUAAUAUUAAUUCAUGUGCUGUGUUUCAUUUUCACUCACUCUGCGUUUGAGUGUGGAAAAGUUAGGAGCACAUUCUGUUGCUACCAUGUAGAUAUUUUUCAGUCGUGUUCAUAUUCAUAUGAGCCCAAAUGUUUCUGGUGUGCCUUUAUUUUGUCUACUUUGUAGAAAAGAGAAAAAAAAUUUUUUUGGUUCCUUCACACAGUUGUUUCCAGACUCUGUUGCCAAAGUGUACUGUUUACAGUAUGUUUUAUGAUCAAAAUAUGCUGAACAUCAGCGAGUUAUAAUGAAUUUGCAGUUUUAAUGCUUUAUCUGCAGUAAUAGAUCAAUGAGCCAUGUGCGUACAUGGUUGGCUGCAUUACUCUUAAAGGUGAAGGCCUGAGGCUAACCUGGUGUUUUGCAGAGCAGAGGAUCAUCAUGCAUAAUAAUAUCUUGAUUGCCCAUAUUAACAUUUUCUGGUCUGACUGAACUUGAAGGAGCACACAAGUGCAAUAUGGUCAGAUGUGUCUCCUCUUCCACAGCCGUGAAAGCCUCCUUUUACUUCAGCACAAUCAAUUGCCAAAUGUCAUUGUAAAAUGAAAAGGGUUUCAGUACGUGUCCUGUUGUUGUGGUGUAACAUUAGUUUGAAGGUGCUUUUCAAUGCAAAUCCAUUGUUACAGUACAAUAUGUGUAAAUUUUAUACUUUAUGAAAAGAAUAUUCAGAAUGAUGUUCCUAAUAUUUGUAAAUUGAAGUAUACUCAGAUUGUAUGUUUACUGCUAUAUUUUGUGCAUUCCUGAAUAAAUGGUUAAGAUUUAA